AUGAGAAGAAAGGAAGCGAAGAGGCAUGGGAGAUUGUCAGAAACCCCGAAGAUGAGCCACAGACAAAUGCUCGAGGCUUCUCCAGCAGUUUCGACCUGCAGCUUGGCUGGGGAAAGUGGUACUUCAGUGCCUUUAGUUGGGAGUUGA